CAUACGGCAUCACUAAACCAAAAUUUAGUGUUGGUAAAUUCGCACAAAGUUUUGCUGUCCGUUUAACGAAUGUCAUUUUUGGUGCCUUCAAUUCGGGUUGGAUUUUUAGCUAUUUGUUAAUUGAUUGCUUAAAAUUUUGUUAAAUGCAAUGAAUUUUCGGAUUAAUAUAAAUAUUUGCCGUGUUUGUAUGAAGUCGGAUGAUGGUCUUUCACUUGUGGAUAACAAGGAAUUAGGUGAAAAGUUUGUGUUUACAACUCAUUUGAAGCUCAACGACAGCGACGAUAUGCCCUCAAUAAUUUGCAGUAAAUGCUCCAAGCGUCUCCAGAUGGCUUACAGUUUUGUGAAAUUAGCUCACGAAUCAGAGGAAAAUUUGAAAGCUUUUCUCACCAAAAUUAAUAAAGAUUUCGAAUUAGUAACAAAUAAAUCUUCCGAAACGUCGACUGUAAACGAAGACGAAGAAGAUGAUGAAGAGAUCGCAAUUAUACUUGAUGAAAGUUGUAUAGAUAAAGCGGCAGAAGAAUCCGAAAUGGUUUCAGAGCAAGCCGUUGGAAAAAAUGAUGAAAGUGCAACGCUUACAUCCCAACUUUUAAGCAGAGAGAAACCGAGAUGUGCGAGAAAGAAAUCCGUUGAUAAAAUUCCAAAUAAUUCAGAAAAAGUAACUCUAAACGCAAAAAAAGAUAUUUCAAAAAAUACCGAUACAAAGGCAGUGAAGAUAAAUAUUAAGAAAGAAAAUAUUGGCGAAGAUGUGAACACUUUCGAGUCCUUUGAGUCUGAUAUGCAAAUAGAGACUGAAUAUGAAGAGGAAAGAAACGCAGAUUUAAACAAAAUCACUUCGGUUACUGAGAUACAAAAGGGUACUUCUUCAGAGCACGACAUCCAAAUACUCGAUUAUACCGACGAAGAGUCACAAGUAGAGUUGGAAAUAUUAGAAGUGAACAUACAACCGAGUGAAGAUACACACAGUAGUCUAGAAGUAAUAGAACCCCAAACGCAAAAUAGCGAUGGAUUCCUUAAAGAGUAUCAAGCAAUGCUAGAGGAAGAUGGUGAAUAUUUAGAAGAUAAUAGUUCGACUCAAGACAAAACCACGGAGGGGAACGAUAUGCAUAUGUACGAUGAGGCUGAAGAGUUAUUAGAUGAUACGGAUGACGAGAUAAAAGCAAUGGAUGAAGCUAAUUUAGAAGACAAUCAUGAUGUUCCCAUCUCUACGCUGCUGAGGACGCAUACUGAAGAUAUGGGCAAUGAAGAAAAUAUUCAAGUAACCAAAAGUAAAGCACGUAGAGGUCAAUCUAAAGCCGGCGGCCAUGUAACGACCGUAAAGGCAGCUAAGCGAACUGUUGAUAGCUUAAGUGCCUCCAAGCGUUUCUACUGCCUGAAAUGCCAUCGUGACUUUAGCACUAAAACCAACCUAACACGUCAUAUGGCCACACAUGAUGGCAAUCGGCCGUUCAAGUGCAAUGUUUGUAACAAGAGCUUUACCCAGAAUGUAUCGUUAAAGCAGCAUAUGUAUACACAUACGGGUGAAAAGCCCUAUCAAUGUGAGAUCUGCCACCGAGGCUUCACACAGUGCAAAAGUCUGGUGUUCCACAUUCGAAGGCACACGGGCGACAAACCAUUUCCGUGUGAAAAAUGCGGUGCACUCUUCCGGCAGAAGGACGGGCUGAAGACACACAUUCUUAAACGGCAUACCAUCAAAUCCCAACAAGGCAAUAAGGAGUUGACAACCUGCGCCAUAUGUAAACAGGUGUUUGCUGAUAAAACUUUAUUACAAGAACAUAUGAAGAAGCAUUUAAACGACUACGUUCGUGUCGACUCGGCAAUGUCAUGUGCGAACCGUGAAAUAAAUUCCGACGAAAAUUCUCAGGUUAUAUUCGACUAUACGCGUAUUGACGAUGAUCCGCUACACGAUAAAGCGAACGCUUUCAUAAGCGAGCCGACUACUGAAAGUACGGAAGACAUUGGCGCCGCAGCACAUGUGGUAGAUCUUAUGACAACCUCGGCCUUGGAGCCCAGUCGUGCAAAGAAGUUCCAGUGUCGCAAAUGUUUUAAAUGUUUUGCCAUCAAAAAAAACCUGCUCCGCCACUUGAGUAUCCAUGAAGCCUCAGACUUUCCUUGCGAGUCAUGUGACCUUAGCUUUGCCACCAGUGAUGACUUACAUGCGCAUACUUUAAGAGAACACGGAAGAUCUGUGGAACUUUACGAAUGCGGGCUCUGCGUAUCAGUUUUCUCCACUGCAGGAGAUAUGCAGAAGCAUUGUAAUGUUGAACAUGCGCAAAAAUUUAUAAACAAGGUCCUAAACUUACACUUCCAAAAAAAGAAAAUGGAGAUAUUAUGUCGCAUCUGCGGAGGAGAUCAAAAUCUUAAAUUUUUUCAAAACGACAAGCAGCUAUUGGAAUUGCUCGAACUUUGUGCGAACGUAGUAAUAAAAGAAAAUGAUAUGCUACCAAAAUUUAUUUGCAAACGUUGUGAGGAUGGCUUACUCUUCUCCUACCGCUUGCGUAAACAAAGUGAAGAGACGGAAAAGCGUCUGCGUCAUGAAAUCGAAUCGCAAACAAUUAGUACCACAACAGACAUUGAAGAUGAACUUAGUGCGUAUAAUAUUCAACAGCGUGUGCCCUCAGUACCGCAAAAUCGGGAUCAAAGAUUGAUUUCUGAUGUUGAUAACAACAUUUGCACUUCAACAAACCAAAGUGAGAAAACCUCACAAUUAGUCGAUGCCGAGCCGACACACGAGUUAACAGGAAGCAAAGAUGUAGGAGUAGAACCGUCCCCAAAUGAAACUUCUAAGGAACAUGUAGUGGAAAUACUAGAUUUAGAAAAUAUGCCAGAAUUAUCUGAUGAAGAGCGCCUACAAGUGGAAUUACGAAAGCGAGGAGUAAUUAUCUGUAAGCGGGUAUUGCCCGAUACAAGCGGAUCGACUACAGAACACAGUAAAGAUCACGAGGUAAUUGCAGAGAAGCGCAUUCAAUUAGAUACUGUUAGUCAAAUUAUGCCUGUAGAUGAUACUGAGGGUUGUGAACAGCUGCCACAAAUUGUGUCUUCAGAAACAUUUGAAAAUGAUGCGUCAAAUGAGGUUGAUAUUAUUGAACUACUGGAUGAUGAUGAACCAGAACGCGACGACAAACAGCAAGAAGAAAGUCGUUUUGAAGAAUUGAAGUCGGUUGAAAAUGAAGAUACUGAAAUAAUUGAAGAAAUAAUUUCUUCAGCUGAAGAGGAGGAAAGUCAGUAUAGAUCUCUUAACGAACAAACGGAUAUUGUAUACGAAGAGUCCGAUAGUGAUUGCAAUGAACUAAUUGAUAUAAAUGAAUGCCAAAUGUAUUUUACAAAAGUUGAGCAUAAUACUUUCGAUGAUGAAAACAGGGAAACUCGACGUACAACGAUACAAGAUAAUAGCGUAGUAGAGUUCACAACUGUAAUAAGCAGUAAAACGAUUACGGAAGAAACGGUGUCUAAUUAUAACUGUGACAUCUGCAAUAUAGAUUUCAGCAACAAAUAUAUUUAUCGUAAUCACGUUAAAAUACAUGACGUUAAAAAUUUUGCAUGUACGCUAUGUGACAAGAAGUUCUUAAGGCGUGAUAGUCUAACAAGGCAUAUCCAUGCUCACAACAACAAGGAGGAGUUGCACUGUCCGCUUUGCGAACGUACCUUUCAAUCACGUUUCAAUUUAUCGCGCCAUGCACGUGCAGUGCACAAAAAUAUGGGGUUCGUGUGCGACGUUUGUGGUCAGAUAUUUAUGCGUUCCGAUGUGCUCCAGCAGCACUUGGUAAAGCAUAACACUCAAGGCGAUGUGCAGUGUGAACUAUGUCCAAAACGUUUCUUUGCUUUAUCGUCUAUGAGAAGACAUAUGCUCAGCCAUGCAAAACAAUCAGGAGAGGAAAAUUUAUCAAAUGAUACAACUGAGUCUGAUGUUGGCACAUCUAAAACUAGCGAUAAAAAGGAAAAAACGAAAAAAAAAAUUUACUGUAUUUACUGCGGCAAAAUGUCGAAAGGUCAUUUCGCACACAAAAUGCAUUUGCGUACUCAUACGCAAGAAAAGCCCCAUAAAUGCGAAAUAUGCAGUAAAGCUUUUCGCACUUUAGCCGCUCUUACCACUCACGAACGUAUACAUGACGAUGUACGACCAUAUCAAUGUGAACAUUGUCUGCUCUCUUUUCGACAACAAGGACAUCUUAAGGAACAUCGUAUGAUACACGAAGGCAUUGCGCCACAUGUGUGCAGCGUUUGUCAGCUAGCUUUUACCAAAAAGUGUAAUAUGCUUGUACAUAUGCGCAUACAUUCUGGGGAUUAUCCCUAUAAAUGUCUUAUGUGUGGCGAGCAGUUUAAUAGACCAACGCAGUUGCAUAAACACCAUUAUAAGGUACAUAAAAAAGAUGUAGAUGAGGAUACAAAUGGAAUACCAGAAAAUGUAAAUGAUGCUGAAGAGCUAAAUCCUGAAGGCGACGUCGAAAGUAAAAAUUUAGCAAAUGAACUGUCGGACAGCGAUAGUGAUAGUAUUGAGAUAAUAGAAACAGAAAAUGUUCCAGCUGCUUCGUCCAUUCAAAGCAAUACCAUUGGCGACGAUAACGACGAUGAAGAUUGCUACGAAGUAACGGUCAACGCUAACAAAGAUGUAGCUGUAGAGACAAGUGUUACCGAAAAUAUAAGUGACGAUUUUGUUGGUAUUAAUAAAGGUGUUGUCUUGGUGGUAGAUGAUAAUGCGAAAUUUAAUAGCCUAUUUAUUAUGGAUGACUAACUGAAAGAUGCUGCCGCGAGAUAUAAAUAUCGAAAUCCAAUUGGUAGACGAACAUCAAAUUGGGGCAAUUUUUUAUCAAUACUGAAUACUUUCGUUUAAUUGAUGUUUCUUUAACAAAUACUAAUAACAAAAAAAAAAA